AUGUACACUAAAGGCAGUGAUAAUCCCUCCGAUUUUUUAUCCCGCCACCCCUGUCAAGAAACAGAUAACAAACAUGAAAUGUCAGCAGAACAAUAUGUAAAUUUCCUCACCAUGCAUGCAGUUCCAAAAGCGAUGACUAUACAGGAAAUACAAGAAGCUACUAAACACGAUAAAACUUUACAACUGCUUACUGAAAUUAUUCGCAAGCAAGCAUGGGGCUCCAUAAAAGACUUGCCAACAACUGGAGAAGACGUAAGUGAAUUGAAUCUGUUUGCAAAGGUAAGAGAUGAACUAACAAUUAAUGAACAGUUGGGUAUUAUUCUGAGAGGAACUCGUAUUAUUAUGCCUUGUUCACUUCGCGAAAGAGCUAUACGACUUGCGCAUGAAGGCCAUCAAGGGUUGGCAAAAACAAAACAACUGAUUCGGGAAAAAAUUUGGUUCCCUAGAAUAGAUAAAGAUGUUGAAACAUUGAUUCGUGGUUGCAUACCUUGUCAGGCCAAUGGCACAGCAAAUCACCCUGCCCCAUUAAAGAUGACCGAGUUACCCCCUAAGCCAUGGCACACGGUCCAUGUUGAUUUUUGUGGACCAUUUCCAACAGGGGAAUAUACUUUAGUUGUCAUCGACGCUUACUCCCGCUUCCCAGAGGUUGAAAUUGUGAAGUCUACAUCAGCCACCUCAACCAUAUCUAAGCUCGAAAGAAUAUUUGCAACCCAUGGACUGCCAAACAUACUAAAAAGUGAUAAUGGCCCUCCCUUUCAAAGUAAUGAAUUUAAACAGUUCAUGACAGAAAAUGGUAUAAAACAUCAAAGAAUCACACCAUUAUGGCCAAAAGCCAACUCUGAAGCAGAGAAUUUUAUGAAACCAAUGGAGAAAGCUAUUCGUGCAGCUCACAUUGAGAAAAAAAAUUGGCGGAAAGAAUUGUACCACUUUUUAUUGAACUAUCGAGCUACCCCACACACAACAACAAAGUUCGCGCCAGCUGAACUUUUAUUCAAUCGAGAAAUUAACACCAAAUUACCAAGUAAAAUUAUCAACCAAAACACCAAGAUUGAUCAACAAGUUCGAGCAAACGAUGAAAAGGGUAAAAGAAACAUGAAAAGAAAUGCAGACAAGUCAGCCAAUGCCAAAGAGGUUGACAUUAAGGUUGGUGAUACAGUAUUGGUCCGUCAGACAAAAAAGAAUAAAUGGUCAACACGGUUUGAUCCUAAACCAUAUUGUGUAACGCGGGUGAAAGGAACAAUGAUAACAGCUACUCGUCCAGGACAUUAUAUCACAAGAAACAUUUCAUUUUUCAAGAAAGUGCUACAACAAGAGAUUCAACACAACUCUGAGGAUGCAAGCGAUGAGGAAGAUUACAGUAAACUUGAUAAUAACCUCCCUGACACAAACAUUGAGGAGAACAAUGAACUUGCUGAGAGACGGUAUCCUGCGAGAGACACAAGACCUAUCAAUAGAUAUGGUCAAAACAUAUAUAAUGCUUAG